AUGGAGCUUAGCAUCAACCACAUGGACACGAACAAGGAGCGUGGUGAACAGUAUCUAGAUGAUGCAUAUCGUGAUAUAUCAUUUGUGCUGGAAGCGCGCCAAAAGCAGCUGGGAGACAAGCAGUUAUUUACCUGGCUUGCAAAGGUGAACCUCUCCCAGGUAAAAGGUGCGAUGGGGAAGUUGAAUGAGGCCGAGAAUCUGAUCAGCACUCGCAUGUCAAUUGCCGUUUCACGUCUAAGGGAAGACCACAUGGGUGCCUAG